AUAAUUUAAAGCAGCAAAUGCACAUGCAAAUAUUUUCUUAUUGAGCUUUUUGCUAGGUGUUUUUCCCGGGUUGCGAGAGAGCAAAGAAGAAAUAGUAUGAUUUUACUCUGUGGGUGAAAAGAACUAUUGCUUUUAAAUUGCUUGCAAAAUGAUGUGGGAAUCUUAAGAAUUACUCCCAAAUAAUUGAAACAAUAUCGUUCGAGUUAAUUUGUUUUAUUGGUGCAUUUUGUUGCAGAAAUAAUACAAAGUUAACAGAUCUUAAACAUCUCCAAUUGGCGCUUGUGUUGUUGCUCUGUCUGUUGGUCCAGGGAAUUCAACGCACCAUUUGCUGCCUGCCUGCAAAGGUAUUUAAAAUUGUGAAUUGAACUUUGUCAUUUAAAGCGCAGCCAACUUCGCUGCAAGCCGUCAAUCGAUAUCUGCAAAUUGCAGUUCUCCUCUUUCCGAGAUAACGUUUAAAUAAAAAACAAAUGGAUACACUGGACGAUGAGAUAGAUCCCAUAGUAGAGCACUGCUAUCAGACGACCGCUGACUUUGCGGAUCUGUACUAUAACUUUAUUGACAGUCGACGCGAUAGAAUGGGCUAUUUCUAUUUGGACAGUGCCAAAUUGACCUGGAAUGACAACGAUAUACUGGGCCGUCAGGCCAUCCAAAGGGUAUUCUUGGACUUGCCGCCGUCGCGUCAUGAACUGCAAACGCUGGACUCGCAGCCGUUCCUCUACUCCUUGGGGGGUCAGCCCACGUACAUCAUUAUGAGCAGUGGAACGGUCUUGUACGUUGGGCAGCCAUUGCGAGCUUUUAAUCAGUCCUUUGUUAUAGCCUAUGAGCAUAACAAAUGGAGUAUCACCUCGGAUUGUUAUCGCCUGUUGUAGUUUGUUUGAUUAUCAAUUGAUGUACAAAAAACAUAUUAUAAAUAAAAUGAUGUUAUCGAAGCUAUUGUCAGUAGUGAGGCAUAGCAACAACUAA